CUCGCAGGUGCGAGCCCGAGGAGCAGGUAAGAGUCGCACGGAGGCGGCGGUAGUGGUGGUGGUGGCUCUGGCGUUGGUGUUUGACACAGAGAGGACGAAGAGCGGCGGCACACGAUGUCGGAGAGCAGCGGCACUCGCGUGUGCUUCGAGGCGGGCGCUGAAGAGGAAGGCGAGUGCGAGGAGGAGGAGGAGGAUGCCGGGGCAGGCGCGCCGGGCCGCAGGCAGGGCAAGGUGACGGUGAAGUACAACCGGCGUGAGCUGCAGCGCCGCCUCGACCUGGAGGGCUGGGUGGACGAGAGGCUCACGCAGCUCUACGCCUGCCCCGAGGAAGAGAUGCCAGAGCUGGAAAUUGACAUCGACCAUCUCCUGGAGCUCAACACGGAUGAGGAGAGGGCGGAGCAGCUACGGGAAAUCUUACAGGCAUGCGCCAACAGCCCAGAGGGGUUCAUCGCGGAUCUGCUGUCGAGCCUCAAAGGGAUGAAGAAACUCAACAACGGCAGUCGGAAGUGAUGGCUCCCUGGGCUUCUACGGUCAAGUAGCUCACCCCCAGACUACAAGAAGCCUUUCGUUAAUGCGAAUGACGAACUCGUUGGGCGAAUGGGCUUUUACAAGUAACCGGAGUUGUCGCUUUAGUGGCUGGAAACUAUGCAAACCCCGCAAGUCUGGCAUGCGAGAGGUGCCUUUUUGUUACCUGGGCUUGUGCUUCGUGUGCGUUGUGAGCCUUGGGUUUCGCACGCCGGCUAAGGGAGAGCAUGCUGGGUGCCGUGUGGAUGCGUUCCAAAGCGGUGGGUUAUUCUUGAACAUCGGUCUUUGGGGUUCCGGAAUAUUAAUGCUGUAGUUACACUUUUGCAUUUUGCAACGGUGGUUUUAACGUUUUGGUUCGGUCACAGCACGGAAUAGACAAUUGUGUAGCACGUGGUGCUGAGCCGUCUCGAGCACAACGUAUACAUUUGUAACUGGUUAACGUUAAUGAAUAAUAAAUCCGUUUUAACGACACUCGGACAACGGUAAUGGUACGCAAGUUACUUAAUCGUGUUACAAAAUGUAUAGCUUUAAAUGAGACCGAAAUCUUUUACGUUUAGCAGCAGGUAGCAAUGUGUGCGAUGGCUUUUCGUGUUAAAUGCAUGUCGGUGUUGACUUGUGUCGAUCGGUCUAUUUAUAACGUAACGAUGUGCGCAUGACCCCGAGACCAGAUGUGUGGUUCCACGGUGGGGAUCUGCCUCACCACGUAGCAACGAUCACGUGGUGCACCCUCGCGAGGUUGUACAGUAAAACCUUGGAUUGCGAGUAACUUGGUCUGCGAGUGUUUUGCAAGACGAGUAAUUUUUAAAAAUAAAUAUUAAUUUGAUAAACGAGCGAGGUCUUGCAAUACGAGUAGUACGUAUAUACGCUUUGUCUGCCGAGCGUCACGUGAUCACAACUGAUAUACGAGUGCUUUGGAUUACAAACACGUUUCCAGAACGAAUUAUGCUCGCAGUCCAAGGUUUUGCUGUACUCCUUACCUCCACUAGAGUAGUGGUGAUGAUGGCGAUGAUUGGAAGCUCUGCUGCUUUUUUCAAUUGAGCUUUGCCCCCAGCGAGUGGGAACAAAUAUGACCCAAUCAACUUAUAAGCUUCUCAUAUCUUGGGAGCUGAAUAGAGUUGAGCCUGGUUAAUAUUUGACAUGGAUGGAAUACACCAGGGUUUUCCAGGUGUUGUUGGCUUGGGGCUGUGAGAUCGUAAGGAGUUGGCAGUGUUUUAUCUCCUUGUAUAACAUUCCCUGUUGAUUUUCUGGUGUUUUUUUUCCCUACAUGCCACUCAAUCAUUUAUGGAACUGGCCAAACAUCCCAAUGGAGGACCCUCCUGUAAAAUGUCCAUAGUGGUUAUGAUCUUCUUGGGUAAAAUAUUGGCAUGAGUACAUUUAAAAAUAUCAUCUGUUUUGUCAUUCCCAGCCACUAAAGCCGGUGGCUGCCUGUAAUGUGAUGCAGAGGCCUGCACUGACGUUUUUUCAUUGUGCAUGUUGGAUAUAUGUCAUGGAAAGGCCCACACAUUUUAAAGAGGUGCAACGAGUAAGCACGGCAAAGUCCCGCGGACACUAAUCACAAGGCAUCAAGUCUGCAUCAACCACGCGUGCAUGUGGUAAAAAAACGCAAACAAAUAUGCGUUGAUAAUGUAUGCACUCUCCCUGCAACUGGUUGGGUCUGCACCGGAGGCAGACUGUUUUAUGACGAAAGGCCGCCCAAAGGCGAGCAGUUACAAGGAGUAAGCAAACACCAAAGCAUUCAUAGCUGGGUUUAAGCAGUUAUAGCUAUAGGGACCCCCAUUCACCAGUAUAAAUACUCCUGUACAGCAGCAAGGGUAAAUCGAUAUUUUAUGAUUUGAUGUCUUGAUACUAUUAACUACUUUUAUUCUACCAGCAAAGGCCCACUGAGCUAUAUAGCUAUUUUUCAGAAGCGACCUGGCCACAAAUGAUAGCUCAACGAAGUGGCUUAUCAUGUGGAAAUGUACAGCAGCCAAAUACUCUAAACGCAUGUUUCUAAAUGUAGAGGGGAAAACCUGGAGGACCCAGAGAAGCAGCCACGCGACCACGGGGAGAACAUGCUAACCCCAAAUAUCCAGGCAUAAGGGUUGGGAUUGAACCCACGACCUGUACAACAGGCAAGGUAAUUAACAUCUUGCCACCGUGGCAUACUGGAGAAAGGGUCCCAUAAUUACGAUCAGUCCUUGUUGACACGUACCUAGGCUAUGUCCUGAGCUUUCUCACAAGUUUGAAGAAUUGUUCACGUGAAAAACAACUUUAAAGUUGUGAUCAGGCAUAAUUUGUACUGUAUUACAAUGCAUGGAGGUGAUGUUACGACAUUGUUAUAAUGGUACGCAGGUGUAAUGUCAGUUCCUUUUCAUUAAUGAAGCUUUAAACUCGUGUCAGACAGCCCAGGGUACAUAGGCAAAGUCAAUAUAUACCAGUUGGGUUUUUUGUUGUGUAAACAAUAAAACAGGUUCCUGCUCUUA